AGGAGGAGACUGAGAAAUUCAGGCACAUGAUGAGGAUGAGAGUGACUCAACAUUCAGGUGCGGCGGCCUCAGAUGGGCGGAUCUGAUCUUUGCGGCCGCUGGGACACUGUCCGAACUUCCCCUAACACUGGAUUCACGGAUCCCGGUACUGACUGCAGGACUAACCCGACAAGGACCGACCAGCCAAGCAGGAACUCAUGCCAAGUCUUCCGUAAUUUUCCCCAGCGUGCUCGGAAUAUGCGGUUUAAAGUGUUUUCGGAUUAAGUUUUGAAGAGGACCGGGGAGUUUUCUCACUUCCGGCUUGAACCUGCAUUCCUACGGUGUUUUGGAGUAGCAGUGAUCUUUCAAAGUGUGGGAAGCUACCAGUCCCUGCAUGCAUCUCUUAAACAGUCGAAAUGGGAUUGUUGUGACUGAGAUGCCAUCUGUAUAUCUCGGUAAUCAAGAUUUGGAGACGAAACAGCUUGGAUCUCAAACAAACUGCCCUGUUUUCCGGAUGAUUUGGUUCCUGAUGUGCCCAUAACUGUGCAUUAUGAGCGCCGUCAGCGAUUAAAGAACCACUCACUUUGUAAUCUGAGUCAUUUGAUACUUAACCACAACAAUGUGGUAAUGUGUUUGCACUUGGGGGCGAGGCGACAAAGAGGAAAUUUCACGUAGAUUUUAACUGUAGAUCCCCAACGUAAUGGAAAUAUAACUGGAAAUUUAAAAAGUGUUUUAAGAUGAACUGAAAAUAUUGCACUGAGAGUGCAAACGUGUUACAGAAUCGCUGAUUCAUGAAUCGGAAAGCACUAAAAUCAUACCGCUGCGUCCUUUCGCACUUGAAUUUUGAGGAAAACUGGAAGAUGUUCACAUGAUGCUCACAGUAUUGCACCUAAAACCCUCUGCAUUAAACAACCUGGUACUUUAAGACACAGGAAAAGUGAAAGAGGAGUGUAAAGCUGGUGAACUUGUUUCAUGAGGACACAUUUUGAACAGAAGAAUGGCGGGAAAAGACUACCAUCAUCUCUUCAAGUUGCUCAUCAUUGGUGACUCCAAUGUGGGAAAAAGUAGUUUGCUCCUACGAUUCGCAGACAACUCAUUCUCUGGGAGUUAUAUAACUACUAUUGGAGUUGACUUCAAGAUCCGCACAGUAGAAAUUGAUGGAGAAAGAGUUAAACUCCAGAUCUGGGACACUGCGGGGCAGGAGAGGUUCAGAACAAUCACCUCGACGUAUUACAGAAACACUCAUGGUGUCAUCAUUGUUUACGAUGUCACAAACAUUGAAUCCUUUGGCAAUGUGAAAAGAUGGUUAAACGAGAUAGCACAGAACUGUGACAACGUCUGCAAAAUUUUAGUUGGAAACAAGAAUGAUGAUCCUUCUAAAAAGCAGGUGGACACUCAAGAGGCUCAGCGCUUUGGAGAGUUAUAUGGUGUGAGGUUGUUUGAGACAAGUGCUAAAGAGAAUAUCAAUGUAGAAGAGAUGUUCAUGGCUUUCACCCACAUGGUCCUUCGGGCCAAGAAACAGAGCCAGAGUCGAGCAGAGAGAGAGAGGGAGAGAGAAAAGGACACAGUCCAUAUCAAUUCCCACAGGGACAGAGAAAGGAGGAAGAAAGGAAAGAAAUGCUGUUAGAGCAGAGGUGUUAGAAAGGACGGAACAAGGGACAAAACGAACACCUUUGCAACUUUGUUCCUUUGGGUCGAGUUUUCAGCUCGGAAAUGUGACUUUUUUUGUUAACACACUGCGCUUAGAUAAAACCAGGAGGAAUAAAAAUAACUUGCUAUUAUGUGCCGAACAUCAGCGUUUGUUUACACAGAUGUUUAUCAAUGUAAUUUUUUUUUUUUUUUUUUUUUU